UGCACCGCGUCGUCGGCGAUCAGUGAAUACGUUUGUGUAUAUGUCACAUCCUCGUCAUGUCCGCCGGGUCGACUUUCGUGUUCGCCGUGCUGCUGGUGUGCUUCUACGUGCUGUUCGCCUUGAGCUUCCUGCCCACGGCGACGACCGCCGUGUCCGUCGGUGCCACGGUCAAGGGCUUCGUCGAGGGCGAAGGAUUUCAUAGAACUGUCAGGUAUACGGUGGAUACAGGUAGCUGGAAAAACAAAAGCUGCUUCAUAGCACUGUACGAAGAACUGCCAUCCUCUGUUUACGUGAACUAUGAUGAGCUAGCUGAUCUCAGACGUAGGCAAGAGAGUAAUGCUUGCGUAGAUGGUGAAAUUGACGUGGAGCUGUUUGGCGAGAGAGCCUACGAGCAGGACGUAACAGCUUGCGCACAACUGAUAAGUACAAAAACUACUCUGUCCUUUCCCAUUCAUCAGCGCUAUCACUUUUCUAAUCCGUCUGGAGAGCCUGUCGAUGUAACUCUAGCUAGACCUGUACUUUUACUAGGAUGCAAGGAAAGAAUCAAAGAUCAUAGAGUUUCAAAGGCAAAAAUAUGCUCGCCGUGCAGUGAACUCACCAAGAAAUGGAGAGACGUGUAUUACAUUUGGGAGGGCUACAAUGACUUUGAAUGGAAGAUACCAGUUGGCAAUACGAGUAGAAAAUUCCUAGUCACUAGUAUGACACACCUGGUGACUCUCACCGGAGCAGCUUACGUACUGUGGACUAUACACAAAUCGUUCAAAGUACCAAAAAAGUCCAAAGAUAAUUAAAAGUGUUGAAAAAGAGAGCGACACGAAUGGAAUUCUUAAUUUAGAAAAAUCUGCCAAGCAGAUUUUGCAUAGCAUUUAUUUACAUGUGAAUCAUUGCAUUUCUAAACUUUGUACAUAAAAUUAUAUAGCUUACACUAUGUGAUAAGUCGAAUCGACUAAUAGUAAGUACGCUGCAAUACGCAAUACGCAGCACUGUUAAGAAAUUAAGUUCUACGUACGAUAAAAAUUAAUCGAUUUGUAAAAACAGAAAUUUGUAGAUAAUUAAAUACAAUUGAAACUUA